CUGGGUUCGCUGGUUCCGUGACAACAUCCCGUUGGCUUACCUCAGGCGGCGGGACCUGUGUAGCCGCCGCCUCCCAGGAGCGCCCGCCCGCCCGGGUCCGCGCGCUCCCCGACCCAGGCCACCAUGGCCACCAACCCGCAGCCGCAGCCGCCACCUCCGGCGCCGCCGCCUCCUCCUCCGCAGCCACAGCCACCACCGCCGCCGCCCGGCCCGGGAGCUGGUCCCGGCGCGGGCGGGGCGGGCGGCGCGGGGACAGGCGCUGGGGACCCGCAGCUCGUGGCCAUGAUCGUGAACCACCUCAAGAGCCAGGGGCUCUUCGACCAGUUCCGCAGGGACUGCCUAGCCGACGUGGACACCAAGCCUGCAUAUCAGAAUCUGAGACAACGUGUUGACAACUUUGUUGCAAACCACUUGGCAACUCAUACAUGGAGUCCCCAUCUCAAUAAGAACCAGCUAAGAAACAAUAUUCGACAACAAGUACUCAAAUCAGGAAUGCUGGAGUCUGGUAUCGACCGAAUUAUUUCUCAGGUUGUGGAUCCAAAGAUCAACCACACAUUCAGACCUCAGGUGGAGAAAGCUGUGCAUGAGUUUUUGGCCACACUAAAUCACAAAGAGGAAGCAAGUGGCAGCACAGCUCCUGAUGAUGAGAAGCCAGACUCUUCCAUCAUUCCCCAAGGUGUCCCUGCUCCUGGGCCUAGUGCUAAUGUAGCCAGUGAUGCCAUGUCAAUCUUGGAAACCAUAACAUCUCUUAACCAGGAAGCUAAUGCUGCCAGGGCUUCAACAGAAGUUUCAAGUGCCAAGACCAGUGAGAGAGUAGCAAAAAAACUCUCAUCUCAGUCAAACGCUGAGAUUAGCACUGACAAAGAGAGAACUUCGGAAGACAUGGCUGAUAAAGAAAAAGCUACACCUGACUCCGGUGGGGAAGCAGUGGAAACUGCCCUGAAAUCUGAAGAACUUAGUGAUCUCCCUUGCGCAGUUGAAGAAAUUAAAAAUCACACAAAAGAGAAUAAUAGUUUAGUUCUGCUAAAUAAGGACAUCCAACAGGAGAGCAGUGACCAAAAAAACAAAUCAACAGACAAAGUUGAAAAGAAGCCAGACAACAGUGAAAAAGGAGAAAGAAAGAAAGAAAAGAAGGAAAAGACUGAGAAGAAGUGUGAUCACCCCAAAAGGAGUGAAGAUACACAAAAAGUAAAAGAUGACAAACAAGCAAAGGACAAAGAAGUAGAGAGUUCAAAACUUCCUUCAGAAAAGAACAGUAAGGCUAAAACCAUUGAAGGGACAAAAGAAGAUUGCUGUUUGAUAGAUUCUGAUGUGGAUGGACUUACAGACAUUACAGUUAGCUCCGUCCAUACCAGUGACCUUUCAUCUUUUGAAGAAGAUACUGAGGAGGAAGUUGUAAUGUCUGAUAGCAUGGAAGAAGGAGAGAUUAAUUCAGACGAUGAAGAGAAGAACAAACAGAAUAAAACAAAAACUCAAACUAGUGAUUCUAAUGAAGGAAAAGCAAAAAGUGUGCGGCAUGCUUAUGUUCACAAACCAUACCUUUAUUCAAAAUACUAUAGUGAUUCUGAUGACGAACUUACUGUAGAGCAGCGGCGGCAGUCUAUUGCUAAAGAAAAAGAAGAGAGACUUUUAAGAAGACAAAUUAAUAGAGAGAAACUUGAAGAAAAACGAAAACAGAAAGCAGAAAAGACAAAGUCUUCCAAAGCCAAGAAUCAAGGUAAAAGUAGCAUGGACUUAGAAGAAACAUCAACAAAGAAUUUGGAACCGAAAGCCCCCAGAAUUAAAGAAGUCCUUAAGGAACGGAAAGUUUUGGAGAAAAAAGUAGCCUUAAGCAAAAGAAGAAAAAAAGACUCAAGGAAUGUUGAAGAGAAUUACAAAAAGAAACAGCAGUCUGAAGAAGAUUCCAAAGAGACCCUCAAAACAAGUGAGCAUUGUGAAAAGGAAAAGGCAUCUUCUUCAAAGGAACUGAAGCAUGCUCAUGCAAAAGGCGAGCCAAGUAAACCUGCCCGGAGACUUUCAGAAUCUUUUCAUUCAGCUGAAGAAAACAAAAAUGAACCCAAAGUAGAAAGAGAACAUAAAAGAAGAACGUCUACCCCUGUUGCAGUGGAAGGGUCACAGGAAGAAGCUGACACAAGGGAAGGAAAAAGGCAAGUAGACCGCUCAGAAAGUGGAAUGGAGGAAACCCAGAAACAGAAAAGUACUCUUAAAAACGAAAAACAUCUAAAGAAAGAUGAUUCUGAAACACCACAUUUGAAAAAUCUACCUAAGAAAGAGGUAAAAUCCUCCAAGGAAAAGCCUGAAAAAGAGAAAACUCUGUCAGAAGAAAAAUUGUCUAUAAAACACAAACAUAAAGGUGAGAAUGCACAUAAAGUAGGUGAUGAGACAGAACUUCACUCUGAGAAAGGCUUAAAAGUAGAGGAAAAUAUUCAGAAACAGAGCCAGCAAACCAAGCUUUCUUCAGAUGAUAAAGCUGAACGAAAAAGUAAACAUAGGAAUGAAAGGAAAUUAUCAGUCUUAGGGAAAGAUGGAAAGCCAGUUUCUGAAUACAUUAUAAAAACAGAUGAGAAUGUACGAAAAGAAAACAACAAGAAAGAGAAGCACAUGUCGUCUGAAAAAGCUAAGGCAGAGCACAAAUCCAGACGGUCAAGUGAUUCUAAAAUUCAGAAAGAUUCUUCCAGUUCCAAGCAACACAGUACCACAGUUCAGAGAAGAAGUGAAAGUUAUUCAGAAGAUAAGUGUGAUACAGACUCAACUAAUUUAGAUAGUAAUUUAAAACCAGAAGAAGUUGUUCACAAGGAGAGGCGAAGAACGAAGAGCUUGUUGGAAGAAAAACUUAUGUUGAAGUCUAAACCAAGAGGUCAAGGCAAACAAUUAAAAGUUACUGAAACAGAAUUACAAGAAAGUGUCACAAAACAGACAUCCACUCCAAAACCAGAUAAGGAGAAGAAUACAGAAGAAAAUGACUCCGAAAAACAACGCAAGUCUAAAGUUGAAGACAAGGCUUUAGAAGAAACUGGUGUUGAACACGUGCUAGAGAGUGUCACUUCUUCAGCACAUAGUACACAGAAAGACUCUAGUCACAGAGCGAAGUUAUCAUUGGCAAAGGAGAAAUAUAAGGGUGACAAAGAUUCAACCUCUUCCAGACUUGAGAGAAAGUUAUCAGAUGGGCACAAAAACAGAAGCUUAAAGCACAGUAGUAAAGACAUGAAAAAGAAGGAAGAAAAUAAAUCUGAUGACAAGGAUGGUAAAGAAGUUGACAGUAUUCAUGAAAAGACCAGAGGGAAUGGUUCAGUCAUAGAAAAGAAAGUAAGUAGAAGGUUGUGUGAAAAUCGAAGGGGAAGCUUAUCACAAGAAAUGACCAAAGGAGAAGAUAAAUUAGCAGCAAACACUUUAGGCACUCCCAGUAGUUCCUCUCUUCAGAGACCGAAAAAAACUGGCGAAACCACAUCAAUCUCUGAAGAGCCAAUGGAAAUUGACUCUGAGGCAGCUGUCGAAAAUGUAUUUGAAGUAUCUAAAAUCCAAGACUGCAGCAAUAAUAGUUCUCAACAUGAUAUUGACUCUGACAUUGUCAUAAAGCAAAAAACUACUGCCACAGUUCUCAAGGAUGAGUUAAGAAUUUCCAUAGUAGAUUCAAAAGCAGCAACUGCAGCCUGUAAAUCGGGGCGUGGAAUGGGAAUUACUAGCAAUUCUGAAAAGUAUGCUGAACAUAACAACACCUUAACAAAGAAAGUGCACAUCCAAAGUGCUGUGUCCAAACCAAAUCCUGGGGAGAAAGAGCUCAUUCAACGAGGAGCUCAUAAAGUGAAUGUGGACUCUGAGACAAGUCACAGAAUGUUUUCUAAUGCCCCAUCAGAAAAUGAUAGGAUACAAAAGAGUUUGAAAAGCAUAGAUGGAUCCACUGAAGAACAUGCCACUCCAGGAGACACUGCUCUUGAACAUUCCACAGAAUUAGGCCCCUCACCAUCCUUAGAUUCCAAGACUGUUGUGCCUCAGAAAGAAUCUCCUGAUUCACAUGUAAUUCCUCCAGUUCAUGGAAGAACUGUUUCAGAAGGUAGUACAGUCAGCGCCUCCCUUAUGGAUCCCUCAGAUAUCCCUAACCAAAGUUUGACUAUCAGAAAAUUAGAAGUCCCUAGGGCAGGUGACAGCAAAGCAGGUGGUGACAGUUCUGUGGCAGCAAAAGGAAGUGUGGCUGUCAAGAAGAACAUUCCAGGAGAACACCAGGCUACUUUAUUAGACAGUAAGCAAGGAAAAGUAAAUAUACCUCUUGCUAGCAAGUCAACAGACAUAAUUGUGGAAAAUGAGAAUGUUGACAAAGAAGCUGAUUUGAUGGACAUGGCCAAGAAAGAAAGUGACUUAAAUGCAGAGCCCAGUUUAAAGCAGACAGCUAGAGCUGCAAUGGAAAAUGGCAAGGAAGAUGACAUUGCUGUUGAUCAUGUGGUAGGCAUGAGUACAGAAAAGGUUGCUGAAACAGUUGAACUUAAGAGUGACCCAGGUGAAAUUAAAUUAGUACCAAUUGAUGUUGAAAAAAGGGCUGAAAACAGUGAGGUAGACACAAGUGCUGGAGGUAAUGCUGCCUCCUAUGUGUCUCAACAAAGGAAUGGAAAAACUGAAAAGGUGGCUGCUAGAUCCGGUAGAGCAGAAAAGACUUCAGUUGCCACAAGUACUGAAGGGAAGGACAAAGGCAUCACCUUAACUCCAGUAAAGGCUGGGGAUGCCACCACCACUUCUACAGAAACAGGAGAGAGAGUGAUGGCUUUGCCUUGCACCAGCAAUGAGGCAGAUGAAGGCUUCAUAAUAGGUGUGUGCCCUAGAAACAAUCCCCUCCGGGUCGGGGUGGAAGCAAACGAAUGUACUGUUUUUGCUGCAGCUGAAGAGAGUGGGGGUGUUGUCACAGAAGGAUUUGCUGAAAGUGAAACUUUCCUUACAAGCACCAAGGAAGGAGAAAGUAGAGAGUGUACUGUGGCCGAAUCAGAAGACAGAGCAGCAGGCCCUGUGGCUGCUGAUACUGUUAAAACAGAAGCCAACUUGAGCGGUGUUGUGACAGAAGAAAAAGAUGAUGCUGUAACCAGUGCAGGGUCUGAAGAAAAGUGUGAUGGUUCUUCAAGUAGAGACUCAGAAAUUGUUGAAGGGACUGUUACUUUCAUUAGCGAAGGUGAAAGCGAUGGAGCAGUUACAAGUGCUGGGACAGAAAUAAGAGCAGGAUCCAUAAGCAGUGAAGAGGUUGAUGGGUCCCAGGGAAAUAGGACACGAAUGGGUCCCAAAAAAGAAACGGAGGGUACUGUGACAUGUACAGGAGCAGAGCGCAGAAGUGAUAACUUUGUUAUCUGUUCAGUAACUGGGGCAGGGCCCCGGGAGGAGCAUGUGGUGACUGGUGCAGAUGUGGUCCAAGUAGAUAAUGAUGCACCUCCCGGGACAAGCACCAACCCAGGAGAUGGUUCUGGGAAUGAUGGUACAGAAGGUGAGAGUGCAGUCACCAGCACAGGCAUAACAGAAGAAGAUGGGGAAGGGCCAGCAAGUUGCACUGGCAUGGAAGACAGUAGUGAAGGCUGCGCUAUAAGUUCUGAAACGCAAGAAAAUGGAGAGAGUGCAAUGGACAGCACGGUAGCCAAAGAUGUCACUAAUGCACCCUUAGUGGCUGCUGGUCCCUGUGAUGAUGAAGGCAUUGUGACCAGCACAGGUGCAAAAGAAGAGGAUGACGAGGGGGAGGGCAUUGUGACUAGUACAGGAAGAGGAAAUGAAAUUGGACAUGCUUCAACUUGCACAGGAAUAGAAGAAAGUGAAGGAGUGUUGGUUUGCGAGAGCAUAGAAGGAGUCAGUCAGAUUGGUCCUAUAGUAGAGCAUGUGGAUGCUGAGGCUGGUGUGGCCAUCAUGAAUGCAAAUGAGAGUAAUGUUGACAGCAUGAGUAGUACAGAAAAGAAAAUGAAAGGCACAGAGAUCUAUUCCAGUGCCAAAGGGAUUGUGGAAAGCAGUGUGACCAGUGUGGUUGCAGGAAAGACUGAUGCUGUCCCAGUUCCAGAAGGUUGAGGCCCCAUGACUAGUGCAGCUUCUGAUCAAAGUGAUGGUCAGCUCACCAGGAAAGAAACAGUUGAAGAUGCCUCUAUUUCCACUGGCCUGGUAGGGGGUAGUUAUGAUGUUCUUGUAUCUGGUGCAGUCCCAGAAUGUGAAGUUGACCACACAUCACAAAGUGAAAAAGAAGAUGAGGGCAUCAUCACCUCUGUCGAAAAUGAUGAGUGUGAUGGCCUCAUGGCUACUACAGCCAGUGAUGAUAAUUCCAACCAAGGUAGCUUGCCUGGGAGUAAGAGUCAAGGCAAAGGCUUGAUGAUUUCCACCAGUACAACAAAUGAUUACACCCCUCAGGUAAGCACAGUUAUAAGUGAAAGGCAUUCAAGUACUCUGAGAACUGAAGAACACUUGGAAGGCAACAGAGUGAACAUGGAAGAAUUUGAGGCCCCCAUGCCCAGUGCAGUUUCAGGUGAUGAGAGCCAACUCACUGCUAGCCGAAGUGAAGAGAAGGAUGAGUGUGCCAUGAUUUCCACAAGCAUAGGGGAAGAGUUUGAAGUGCCUAUUUCCAGUGCAGUAGCCAUCAAAUGCACUGAAAGUCAUCAGCCAGUUGCAGCAGUUGAGGAAAGAGCCAAAGGUCCAAUCUUUAUAAGCACUGAGGACUUCGAGGUACCUAUGCCUAGUGCUCCCACAGAAGCUGAAAGCCCUUUUUCCUCAACCCGCAAGGAAGAAAAGGAUGAGUGUGCCCUCAUUUCCACCAGCAUAGCAGAAGAAUGUGAGGCCUCUAUUUCUGGUGUAAGUGAAAAUGCGCCAUCUGUUACAGAUGGGAGUGCUGUUAUCUCCACAAGCUCAGUGGAAGAUUGUGAGGGCCCCGUGUCUAGCGCUGUACCUCAAGAGGAGGUCCAUCCAGUAGUCACACCAGCAGAAGAGACAAGUGACACUGCCAUGAUUUCCACAAGCACUUCCGAAGGCUGCGAAGCAGUCAUGGUUGGUCCCAUCCCUGUGGAUGAAGACCAGGUCACCAUUGCGAGAGUGGAAGACUUGAGUGAUGCUGCCAUCAUCUCUACCAGCACAGCUGAGUAUGUGCUGAUGGGUACUAGUCUGGACAAACACGAAGAGAAUCAAGCAGCUGCCCACAACCUAGAAGGAAAUGAUGACCUGUCGGCUACAAAAGUGAGCAAGUGUGAGGUUCCCAUGCCCAGCCUCAUGGCUGAGAGUAAUUGUCAGUGUCCUGUGCCAUUUACAAGAGGCAAAGAAGAGCACCUCGUACUGGCAGCGAGCCCUGAGGAAGGGCAGGGCAGGUCGUCAGUCUACAAUUGUUCUGCAGGGCGAGGCCAACCAAGUGUUGUAUGUGCAGAAGAGGAAGAGAGACAUGACAAGGACUGCUCUGGCCAAGGUCCAUUUGCAGGAAGAGGACAGAAGGAGAGUACUUUUCACCUCAAAAAUGCAGAAGAGAAGAAUGUAUUGCCAAGCUCCAUUCAGAAGAAAGACAAAAGCCCAGAGGCAGAAACUGUAGGGGACAGCAGCACAACCAGUUAUUUGGCAUUAAGGAGCUUGGAGAGGAAUGCCAACUCAUCUGUCCAUCUGAGUGGACCAGAACAGACAUCUGAUGAGGAGCUCUCUAUCAGUAUUUGCCAUUUGGCCACAGUAAAUACCGGUGCUAAAAAAUCUGACCACAUCCCACCUAUCAAAGACCCUGCAGCAGAGUAUUCUAUUCCUCCUCUCCAGCAGGGGCCUGAGGACAACUUGAAAGCCACUACCACCAAAUGUAUUACAGGCCAGGAGUCAAAAAUUGCUUCUUCCCACACAUUGAUCCUUCCAGCUGCCUACCACUUAGCUCCAUCAGCUCCACAAUGUGUAAAGGACUUGCCACCAAAGAGUGAUCACAAUGGCAAAUGUACUGCCAAGGCAUCUGCUGAGAAAACAGAACAUGUUACUGACACAAGGACAUUACUUCACAAGGAAGGAAACCUCAAGGUCACUGUUUCUGCUAAAGAAAAUUUGUGUGACAGAGGCAAUGAAGAGUCUCCACCCAGUGUUUUGAGAGAAUCAGAACUGACAGCCAACUUGAAAACUGAGACAUCUAUACCUUCAGAGGAAGAGAAAAAUCAUGAAAUACUAGUAGCACCAGAAAGUCCCCAUGUGGGAAAACUGAGUGAAAUAGUUGAACUAUGGGGGGAGCCUUCCUUGGUGAACGACUCACUAAAUGUUGAAAAUUCAAACUCAACAGCAAAUGAAGAAAUCCAUAACAGAUCUUCUAACACAAGAGAGAUAUCCAGUGGUAGAAAAAACAACACAGAAGUCAUAAGAGGUCGCAGUGUUGAAGCAAAUCCUAAAGAGGUUGAAGAGGAAGAAAGGCAUAUGCCUAAGAGAAAAAGAAAGAAGCAUUACCCCUCCUCAGAAGAUGAACUGGAUGAUAAUUCAGAUGUCCUGGAUUCCAGAAUAGAAACAACACAGAGGCUGUGUUCUGAAACUGAGCCACAAGACACAAAGAAAGAGAACUCUGGAGAUACAGAGGAACAGUCUAAAACAAGCCCCAAGACAAGCAGCAGUGCUUCAAGGGCCAUGGAAGAAAAAGAUGAAUUUAGCAGCAGUGAGGCUACUGGUGAAAAGAUGGAGCAAAAUGAAGAUGAUAUCAUCAAAUCACAGGAGGAAGAUCAACCGAUAAUUAUUAAAAGGAAAAGAGGAAGACCUCGUAAAUACCCUGUAGAAGCAGUGUUAAAAAUGAAAGAUGACUUCAAAACAGAUACUGGCAUUAUCACUGUAGAACAAUCUCCACCUAGCAGCAAACUGAAAAUACUACAAACAGAUGAGUCCAGUAAAGAAACAGCCAACCUACAAGAAAGAACUAUAAGCAAUGAUGAUAGUGAAGAAAGAACAGUAGCUAGUGUGCGUCGGAGGGGAAGAAAACCCAAACGUUCACUCACUCUGUCAGAUGACACUGAAUCCUCAGAGCCAGAAAGAAAACGCCAGAAGUCAGUUUCUGAAGCAACCGAAGACAAAAAAGAUCAGGAGUCUGAUGAGGAAGAGGAAGAAGAGGAAGAGGAUGAGCCCUUGGGAGCUACCACAAGAUCCACCACCAGAUCAGAGACACAGAGAUCAAAGACACAGCUCUCCCCUUCUACCAAGCGUAAGAGAGAAGUCAGCCCUCCUGGGGCCCGAACAAGAGGUCAGCAGAGAGUGGAGGAGGCCCCUGGGAAAAAGGUGAAGCGAUAAUCCUGACUGCCGCUGCCCCUGGCUUUCUGAGGAACAUGGUGAAGAGAAAAGGGAUAGGCCUCAGGAGCCAGAGGCUUUAAAACAGAACAAAACAAAAAAUCCAGAAAAGGGUAUGCAUGUGCUGUAAGUUCCUAGGUGCAAGCUUUUUCUUGUUGUGUUUUAAACAGCUUUAUAAACUUGUUCAUAGAAGAUAUUAUGUACAUCUAUUUCAGAUAAAGAAAAAUAAGUUUACUUUGUAUCUGAAUUCAGCAAAGUAGUUGUAUAUUUUAACAUUCAAAAUUGGGAUUUCCCAAUGAGACACAUCACUAAUGCAAACCUUCCAGCCCAUCAGACACCAGGCUGCCUCCUGGUGAUCUGUGUAAAGUAUAUAAACAUGUAAAAAUAGGUUGUAUUUUACUCUAUGUAUGAUGCUAAUCAAUGAACACUUUAUUUAUUUUACAGAGAAAUCUUAUCUGUGAACUUUACUAUAUAUCUGUUUAUUUUAUUUUAUUAUUUUUUUUAAUAAAAAAAGGAUUUUAAAUGCUAUGCAGUCAUUAAGUAGAAGAUUUUUUAGAAUUCUGCCUGCCUAUAACUAUUUGAAUAUGAUCUGGCAGGAAAUACAGAAUCUCUCGCAUGUAUCCAAGUAAAGUAGUUUAGCUAAAGAAAGGGUCUCCAUUGCUUUUUUGUUCACAGUUGUGACAGUUUUCUAAGAAUGUAACUGCUUUUAGAUUAUACUUGCAUCUGUGACUUUACCACUAGCCCCACUGAUGUAAGAAAUUCUGGUUCAGGUAAAGUUACACCCAUUCACCUGCAAACGGAGCUCCUCUGUUGGCAUUCAUUCCUCUCCUCUGUGCCAUUCGGAAGCUUCCACCAAGAUUUCCAUGUUGUCUUUUUUGGUGAAGAGAAAUGCAUUGAAGAUUAGGUCACUCCUAUCUAUUCAGCUUCAGGAUUUUAUGUUGUUUUAUACAGUUAUUUCAAGAUAGAAACUGGUUUUAUCACCAGGUUCUUUUUUAAACAUGUUUUAACUCCCAUGUGAACAAACUGUCUAACUUAAGUUUUUCAUAAAAUUGAACUUUUCUUAAGGUCAAGUUUGUCUCCUGAUGAUGUGAUGAGUUGCCAAAUGAUUGAGAUUAUUUUAAAAUGUUUUGUUCUGUACUCUUGUUUUAUAAUUAAAAUUGACAUUCAGUGU